GUGGCUGCCAUCUGCCUGGUCUUCUGCUGUGCUCCUGAAUGGCGUUCUUGCCCCCGAAUGGCGUUCUUGCCCCCUCACACCAGGGACUUACUCCAGAAGGAUGUUGAAAUUCCGUUGGAAGGAUCAUGGAAGCUACAGAUGAAUACGUCUUCACUAUUUCUCUGCCUGUGCCUGCUGUCUCAGUGGAAAUGCUAAAGGCUUCAUGAAAAUUUCUUGACGAGGACAUAAGCAGGGUAUGACAGCAGUGUCCUGCGACUGAGCUUCGUGAGUGUUGUGAAGUCGCUGCUCAUCCAGAAAGUUUCCCCUUUCUGGUGAAGGAGAUCGAGGAUGGCUACUCUGGGCACGGAGAGUUUCAGGAGUGGGACUCCAACUCAGACACCAGAGGGGAACGUGGUGAUGAACUUCAGUUUUGAUGGAUAUCCACUGGAAGAGGAUGAGAUUCAGAUCAAGGAGAGGAAGAGGCAAGGCAGCAGGAUGUCCAUAGUCAACGAACCAGAUGUUGAGUCACAGCCCAAGGAUAGCUAUCAUGGCAUCUACUUUGCAAUGCUUCUGGCUGGAGUUGGAUUCCUACUGCCUUACAACAGCUUCAUCACGGAUGUAGAUUAUCUACACCAAAAAUAUCCAGGAACAUCCAUUGUAUUUGACAUGAGUCUCACCUACAUCCUUGUAGCUCUGAUUGCUGUGAUUUUAAACAACGCAUUGGUGGAGCUACUCAGUUUGCAUACCCGCAUUACUGUUGGUUACCUGUUUGCUUUGGGUCCUCUUAUGUUCGUGAGCGUCUUUGAUGUUUGGCUGGAACUGUUCACUCUACAGCAGGCCUAUGGCAUCAACUUGGCAGCAGUGGGGAUUGUGGCUUUUGGCUGUACAGUGCAGCAAUCGAGUUUCUAUGGCUACACGGGGAUGCUGCCCAAACGAUACACCCAAGGGGUGAUGACUGGUGAAAGCACUGCUGGUGUCAUCAUAUCCCUCAGCAGAAUUUUUACCAAACUCCUGCUUCCAGAUGAAAGGAAGAACACCAUUAUCUUCUUCUUCAUUUCAAUCGGAAUGGAGUUCAUGUGUUUCAUCUUGCACUUGCUGGUGAAAAGAACAAAGUUUGUGCGAUAUUACACUGCUCAUAGUAGCAAGGGCCAUGAACGUCUAAAGGGCAAAGGUCAUGUGGAUCAGGGCCCUGGUUACCGGGUCCAUCAUAAUGUCAAUACAGAGGAAGUAAGAUUUGAAAAUGGUACAAUGGAGAGUCCGCAGUCAGAUGGGCCAGAGCAAGAUGUCCCAGUGACUGCAGCCUACAUGAGGUUUGAUGCACCAAGGUCAAAGCUGAGGAGAAACUGGCCAGGUUUCAGAGAUAUCAUUCUACACCGAUAUAUUGUGGCUGGCGUCAUAUGGCCCUACAUGCUUUCCAUUGCUCUAACGUAUUUCAUCACUCUCUGCCUCUUUCCUGGCCUGGAGUCUGAAAUUCGGAACUGCACUCUAGGAGAAUGGCUGCCAAUUCUCAUCAUGGCCAUCUUUAACCUCUCUGAUUUUGUGGGAAAGAUCCUUGCAGCUUUACCGUACGACUGGAAGGGACUUCACCUCCUGGCCUUUUCCUGCACCCGAGUUAUAUUCAUCCCACUCUUUUUGCUGUGUGUGCUCCCAAGCGACCGGCCAGUUUUCAGCCACCCAGCCUGGCCGUGUGUCUUUUCUUUGCUAAUGGGAAUUUCGAAUGGCUAUUUUGGGAGUGUGCCCAUGAUCUUGGCAGCUGGCAAAGUCAGCCCGGAGCAGAGAGAGCUGGCAGGUAACACCAUGACUGUGUCCUACAUGUCUGGACUAACUCUAGGAUCGGCAGUGGCCUACGUCACAUUCAGCUUGACCAGUAUGUCUCACACUUCAUGUAUUCACACUGAAACAAUCAACAGUUCUUUCACCACAAGACUCUAAACAAAGGCUCUCUUCACAAUCUGACUAGGGGGUAAAUGAAGAAAUACUAAGGGAUAUUUAAUUCGUCCUACAGAAACAUUGCUUGUUGCGUGCCAUCUCAGGCUCAUAGACUGCUUUCCCCAAUCUGUCUGGAACUUCCUUUAGGCUGUGCUUGUCCUCUAGGAUUAGAUGGGAUCUUCAGCGAGGACAAGAAGUGUUUGAAGAUGCCUCAGGAAGAAAGGUCACUCAUUGAAAUCACGGAUAGUCUUUUCAGCAUCCUAAAACUUUAUCUUAGAGUGCCUGAUCAUUACCAUUUUACCAUUUUUUUGUCGACUAUUUUACAGUUUGUAUGUCUACCUACAGAAGAACUCCUUUCUUCUUGGUAACUGAAUCUAGCCUGGAAGAAGUGAGGGAGAAGGUUGUAAUUUUGCGAUAUAAUAUUUGGUGGUAUUUUCCACAGGAGGUUAAUUGGCUUAAACAGCAAGUCUUUUGAUCCAUUGUGAUUUCUUGAUGACUGUGUUAGUAUAUCUGCACAGUAUUUCUAAAAAAAAAAUCACCAGAAUUAGGCUCCGUAUAUUCAUCAGAUGCAUUUACAUAUGGUUUUAUUUUGUUCUAUAAUAUUUGAGUGGAGACUGUCAAUCAUGAUUAUGGACAUAGUGAGACUCCCAUUGUUCAUUUACAUUUACAGUGUAGCUAAACUCUUACCUGGUAACAGUAAGUAUACAAGUUUUAAUGCUUCAUUAUUCAAUGAAUGAUGGGGUGUACCCCCAUAUCAAACAGGAGGAAUACCUGUCAUUCUUUCUCAGCCCAUUAAAUAUACUUAUUUAAAAAAUUUUUCCGCAAUUCACCCUCAAGGAGUUCUUACCCACGUUAGUAAGUUUUGAGGACCACAACAUCACAUUAAAGUCCUAUCUUCUUUCAUUGAGGCUAAAUGCAUGCAUGAAAGAUAGCCUAGGUUAUGCUGUGAGAAAGAUGAACUAAGACCACACCAGUUAGUGAUGCUGCCUUACAGCUCUGGAACCAGUAAGCCGGGAUCAGUCCUGACCUCAGACGUUGUCUGUAUGGAACUUGCUCAUUCACCCUGUGACCAGAUGAGUGUCCCUUGGGUGUUUUGGUUUUCUCUCGCAUCCCAAACACAUGUUGGUAGACCUCUGUAGGUUCCCUCUUCAUGUAGGAAAGUGACAAAAAUAAUCCAAGCAUAGUUGGUGGGCAUGUGAAUGGAAGCAAGUUGCAAGAAUCCUGGGAAAUAAGGAGGGACUUGGAUGGGAAUGAUGGGAUUGCUCUACUAAGAGCCUAUUAUGGUCCUAAUGGAUGAAAUGGCCUCUUUCUGUGUCAUAAUGAGUAAGAACAAGAGUGGAAGGGGCUUAAAUAUAUUUAAAAAACGCAGGUGUAAGAAAUCUAAUGAAAGAAAACACUCAGCAGGUCAGGCAGCAUCUGGGGAAAGGGAAACACAAUUAGUGCUUCAGGCCUGAGACCAUCCAGCGGAACUCAGUGAGAAGGGGCAUAUCUGGAGCAUUAGCAUCAACAGGGUUUGACUGGCCUAAAGGUCUCUUUCUGUGGUGCACAUUCAAUGCUGAAAAAUUGUCUAUAGGUAUUACUUCAUCCUUGAAGUCUAUGACCUGACAAGGUUAAAAUUUGACACUGGAUUAAACAUUUUAUGAAAUAUACAACUGAGAUCUUUUAAGGAGCCGGCUAAAAUCCUGUUAUUACAGUAUAAUCAUUCCGUUCAAAUAUAAACACUAACAGCUUACCUGUAAUACUUUUUAGAGGUAAUAAACUGUAAAUGUUUCCCCGUCUCUGAUGCUUUGAAAAUAGAACUAAGUCUGAAGUAGCAAUUCUUAUUUACCCUUUGCUCAUGACUCUCAAACAAAGCUCAAAACCCUGAGUCAAGCUAGAAGCUGAAGCUUCUGACAGUUCGGUCUAAUGGUCACCCCCUUCCUGGAAUACUCAAAGAAACAGAAAUGGGCCUUUCAACCCCACAAGCCUGAUCUUCAUUUACUUCUUAAACCUCAAAGUUGGAAGACAACUAAAGUCCAUGCAAAGUUGAACAUGACAGUCUAAGCUAAUACUGCUGUUAGAUCCCAAACAGUUCUAUUUAUUUAUUUAUUGGGAUAAAGGUGGAAUAGGCCCUCCCAGCCCGUCAAGCCACACCGUCAAGCAACACUGAUUUAACCCUAGCCUAACCACAGGACAAUUAACCUACUAACAGGCAUGCCUUUGGACUGUGGGAGGAACUGGAAUGCCUGGAGAAAGCCCAUGUAUUCCAUGAGGAGGAGGACGCACAAACUUCUUACAAUUUAUGCUGAAAAUGAACUCCGAACUCUGAUGCCCAAAUCUUCAGUUGUCUAGCGCUAACCGCUACGCUAUGGGGGUCUAUGGAACCCCUUGAAGACUCAUGUUAUUAUCCGAUUUAAUUGAGCAUCUCUUAGAUAGCUCCUGUGGUUGUACUUAAUAAUUUUUUUCAAAAUUGUAACAAGACGAGUUGGGAAUCAUUGUAGGCGGAAUAACACCUCUGAAAACAAGUGUUGCAAAUUGGCUGAGAUAAAGCCGGGAGACAGAUUUUUGUCCCUAAGAUUGUGCUGCAUUGUCUGAGAGGGGCUCCUCACAUCUACAAUUUGUACCCCCUUUAAAUUGUAAGUACAUGGGUUACACUACUAUUCUGUGCCAAAUCUUGUGUGUGUCAUCUUGCCUUGUGCGUUGAGGUAAAAGACAUAAUAUAUAGUGCCAAAAUUGGAGUGACGUUUAACAUACUAGUGUUGACAUGGGUUUCAGAUUUUAUGUAUGGUUAAUGUUCCCGUGCGGUCUUGUGGAGGAAAAUGGCAUUGGGGCAUUUAAGAAUGCAAGCACGAGGAAAUCUGCAGAUGCUGGAAAUAAAGCAACACACACAAAAACUGGCUGGAAGUUAGUCCUGACGAAGGGUCUCGGCCCGAAACGUCGACUGUACCUCUUCCUAUAGAUGCUGCCUGGCCUGCUGCGUUCACCAGCAUUUUUUGCAUGUGUUGGGGCACUUAAGGGUUAGUUGGAUAUGUUACAUGAGGGAAAUGUGAAUGCAGUACUAUACAUAGGGUGAAGUGAAGCAGGAUCUUGCAGAGCAUAAACACCAGCAUAGACCUCUUGUGCCAAAUGGCCUUUUUCUGUGCUGCAAACUAAUAGUAUUUGUGCUUACAGUGAAUAUAGAAAUACUGUGUUAUUGAUCUUUGUUUCAGCUAAGUAUUAGCCAAUUCUGAUUAUACAGUUCCACUGUGAGCCAAAGAGCCCAUCUAUUUGUGACUGGACCAUGAAAUAUAAGUGCUUGCCCUUGACUAAGCAUGCAGUGAUCACCACAGCAAAGACACUGUAAGACCAGAAGACAUAGGGACAGAAUUAGGCCAUUCGGCCCAUCAUUCCGUCAUGGCUGAUUUAUUAUCCCUCUCAACCCCAUUCUCCUGCCUUCGCUCCGUAACGUUGAAAUGUUGAAGGGGACAGGGAAUCCAUGUACUGGCUGGGCCUGGAAAUCUCCAGUUUUACUGGAGAUGAAGCCAAAAUGACUUUUUCUUCUCUCUUUUAAAUGAUUUGUGAUACACUUAAAACUAACACAGGCAGAAAGCAUUAGAUUAAUCUUCUUUGAUACCAGCUUCAAUAUUUAUUUGACAUUUGAAAAAUUUAAGAGUGGUAUUCUAGCUGAUUCUACUACUGAGUUAAUUCCAGUUACAUUUUAUUAGCUAGUAGUGGUGAGUGAUUGUUGCUGUCUUUAGAAGUAGAGUGUGCCUUGUACUUUAUUAUGAAGUAUUAACAAAAGGGGGAGUUUAUAGGAGAUGGUUGGUGAUGAUUGUGCUGCUUUGAUAAUGAGUAGAUACUAGGUUGCACAGAACACACAGUUAUAUACCCCAGUCAAUAAAAUGCAAUAAAUUGCUCCUGUUAUGCCUCUGGCAGGUCUCAGAUGCCCAUGUCCCUGGUACCCUUCCUGGUGAGACUUCUCAAGUUUCCAAUCCUUUGUCUUUCACACUUGGUCUCCACACCAGUACUAACAAAAUGUCCAGUUCAUGACAGCUGAGCAUCAGAGCUCUAUAUUGCUAUUGUCACCACCCCUGAGUGUAUUGGUAUCAUUGACUUUGCCCUGCCAUUUAAAAUUAAGUGCAAUGCAAAGCUGGCAUUGAAGUCUUUCCAAUGGUUAAUAUCCAAAUUGCACUUGCAAAGAUUGGUGACCUUUCGGAUUAAUGGCAAACCACUUUGACUAAAGGCCUCUGAAAGAUAACACUAACAUAUUCAAUAGUUCAAUAGUUCCAUUUAAUAUCAGAGAAUAUGUACAAUAUACAACCUGAAUUUUUUAUUCUUCGCAGACAUCCACAAAAACUGAAGAAUGCCCCAAAGAAGGAGUGACAGUAAAAAUGUUACAGCCCCAAAGCCUCCCUACUCCCUCCCCACAGACAAGCAGCAGCAAAGCAACAACCCUCCCCCACCCUCAUUUACUUCAGCAAAAAGCAUCAGCCUCCACCCACUAAACAAACGCCCUCCAAGAAAGACCAUGAUCUGCAGUACCACAAUAGCUAAUUGUUCACCUGAUAAUUCGAUAUAGCACAGUCUCUCUCUCUCUCUCCCUUCCACCCGCCCCCCCCCCAUAAUGCUGAUUUACGGUGUUAGGCUCUGUUGUGUUGCUUUAUUCUGAUUUCUCUGACUUGAGAAUUGACAACAAACUCUUCCCAACCAACAAAAGAAAGAGAGAGAGUGCAUGAUUCACCGAUUACAGAGCCCUCCAACAGCUGAUACGCAGUUCCUGAUGUUCCAUUUUCUCCUGCCACACUGGCAGCACCAGCAUUGAAUCGGCUCGUCCACAGAGCGCAAAGCCUCGGAAUCCCAAAGGCAUGCUCGUGUGCUAGGCCAUGUCCUUGGGAUAUUGAAAAACAGCUGGUCAGUGAGCCCCAGGAGCAGGUCCCAUCGCCGUCUGAGUGUAGCUCUGUCCGGGUCUUCGACAGAACCCCAUCCACCUUGAAAAGGGAGACGAUAAAGGUAGAAAUUAAGCUGUUUCCGCAGACAAACUCGAAGAAGUCAUUGUCGAGCACCAUUGUAGCUCCGCCCACAUGAUGAUCCUUGUGCUAGCUCCUAGUAGACUUCCCCAAAGCUCCUCGAUAAAGUUCAGUUCAAUUUGACCACUCAUAAUCAAUAUUUCCACAUAUAUUUUCCCAGCAGUCAGUUUAUGCAUUGGUUCUGCAUUCUUCAGGCUAAUUGUGAAGCCAGUGUUGCGAAUCCAAAUUUCACCAGCUGAUUUUAAUUUUAGUUUUAUGCAACAAUAAGAUGAGGUUUAAGAGAGGUUUGGAUAAAUACAUGGAUGGGAGGGGUAUGGGGGCUACGGUCCAGGUGUGGGUUGAUGGUGCUAGGCAGAAUAUCAGUUUGGCUUGUUCUGUGCUGUAAUGCUCUACGACUGAUGAAAUACGCCAGUUAUACCUUAACAUUUGUAGAGAUGACCAAAGCUUGUAACCAAAAUAGGUCACAGUUCACCUUUGUUUGAAUUCACUUUAUAGUCGACAGGGUAUACAUUACAACAUCAAGUAGAACAGAAUCUAUUACAUAUCCUUAUUUCCAGAUGUUCAAAAUUGUUUGUACAUCAUGUUGUAAAUACACCCUCUGCCAGCUGCCUACACCUCCCAAUUUCUGGCCUCUUGAAUUGUGUCAGAAUGAGCAAGAACUUCUCUGGAUGACUGUAAUUGGUUUCCAAACUGCUUGAAUGCAUCAUCCAAAAAUGUAAGUAUAUUAGACUAAUUAUCUUCAACCCUAUAGAACUUCUGUACAAAUCCAACAAUCGUUUAGCUUUGUUUUCAUGUGUUCAGAGAUUCUUUUGUAGUUUUACUUCAGAUUUGAAUAAUUAAGGAAGUGGGAAUUUGAACAAAAUGUUACUCACUAUUUUUAUAAGGAGUAUGAAAAUCCACAGAAGUUCUGAGGCGACCUUUAUUCUGAUUAAUGUCCAACUUUUCUUGACAACCUUGUUAAGAAAUUGUCACAAUCCAUUUGUUUUUCUUUUGGGCACCUCCUCCUUGCUGUGAGAGACAGUGCUAACAGGACAAAAGACAAAUAAAAUGUUCCUAUUGAGAAGCAUCUGUAAUAUGCAGAUCGCUUGUGUUUGGAAAAGAAUGUGUGUGCCUGGAACUUGUUGGGAUUCUGGGCUUCAAGUCUAUAUCUGUUGUGGAGAAAAUGAUUGAGAUCAGUCAGCCAUGACGCUAUCAGUGUAUAUUAUGUGACCAUUAAAAAGUGUCUUGGUGUUUUCUCUCCCUAAUGGUCCCUACCUAUCUGACAGGAUCUCCUGGCCUUGCAAUCAAAUCCAUAGUUUCUAUGCAAAUAGAAGAAUUGUAUCAGUACUUCUUUUAGCCUCUAUACCAACAGGCACCUUCAUGGUGCUAUAUUCUUACUGAGUGAAACGUGUUGGAGAACUUUUCAUGUUUAAAUUAAUUUUAUUAAUGUUAUAUACUUUUGUUAAUGUAUGACGGAAUGGAAAAGUGGGACCAAUGGAGGUUUAUGUGAAGAUGGAGGCAGGUUUUUGUAGAGAAACAUUGUCCUUUUGUUAAUGGGAUGAAAAGUUUGAGCCUGUUCAUUCUGUUCAAAAUGGCAACAUAAUAUUUUCUUAGUGAGCAAAACGUAAACUGGUGGAAGAACUCAACACUUUAAGCCAGUGGUCCUCAACCACCGGGCCGCGAGGAAGCGAUGUGAUUUGGUGAUAUGAAACGAUAUGAGUCAGCUGCACCUUUCCUCAUUCCCUGUCACGCACUGUUGAACUUGAACACCCCCCCGACCCCCAUCGGCAGGUCCGCAAGAAUAUUGUCAAUAUUAAACCGGUCCACGGUGCAAAAAGGUUGGGGGACCCCUGCUUUAAGCAACAUCUGUAAAGGCAAAGGGAUGUUUCGGGUCAAGACCUUGCAUCAGUACUGAUAAAAGAUUCUGAUCCAAAUUGUCAAUCAUCCCUUUGCUUUCACAGACGCUGUGUGGCCUGCUAUUUCUCCCUCUGGUUUAUCUUUUUUCUCCAGACUCCAGCAUCUGCAGUCUCCUGUGACUCCAGUAUUUUUCAAUGCUUUUUCCUGGUUUCACCGACACACUGAGAAAGAACGCCAGCGACACCUAGUGGCUCCAAUAAAAACACCAACAACAAACAUAUGUAUUCCAAGGCCAAUUGUAUUUCAAGGAAGUACAUAAUAGUUGUUUUGCUAAAGCCUGGUGAGUGGAAUUUCUUCAGGUUGAAAUUUAUUCAGUUUAGGAUAUUAAAAAAAACAAUUCAAACCUACAGUGCUAAAGGGGUUAAUAGGAACCCAACAGUGCUGUUGAAUUUGUGAGAUUUGUUUUUGUAUUUCUGUGCACUCUUUUGCUGAUAAUAAACACAGAGCAAUGUUGGAAAAACUA